AUGACGACUUUUGAACCCUCCCUUAGCACCACGAUGCGCGCGUCUGCGCACGAUGCGCCAUCAAUGGCCGACCAACUCCCCAGCAUCAACUUCGGGUUCGAUGACUUACGCAGUCGUAUGAACCAGUUCACAACCCGCUUCGACGCCUUCAUUGAAAAUGGGCGCAGACGGGUACUUGAAGAGCGAAACCAGUUCCGCAUCAACGUCGCAGAGCUACACGAGGACCAACGCAUGAAAAAGCGCGACAUUGAGAUUCUCCAACUCAAGACCGCCCAACACAGCCAGACUCUCUCCAAAGAAGCCCAAGAAACGUCGGAGAUGCAGGAAGCCAUCUCCGCCCUGAGCCUCCAGCGCGACGAACGCCUGGCGCACCGCGACAACUUGCGCGCCCAGAUUGCCGAAGUGCAAAAGACUAUCUCAGCACGCCGCGAGGCACAGCUCAAGCACCGCCGAUACCUCGACGGCCAGAGCAGGUACAACGAGCCCGAGCUCGACUUUUGGGAGAGCUACCUGGGGCUGAGGAUUGAAGGGCUCGGAAAAGACGAUAGACUCAAGUUUGUCUACACAAACGUCGAUGAGCGCGAAUGGGAUCGCGAGGCCUGGUUUGAGUUGGACACGAGUGAGCGUGACUACAAAGUCUUCGAGAUGCGACCCAAAGUGGAGCGUGACGAAGUAGAAAGCGUCGUUGAGAGGCUAAACGAGACACGAGAUCUGGCCGGCUUCCUAAAGGGUAUGCGCGAGCUAUUCGUGGAAGCUUGCAAGUCAUGA